CUCUCUCCUCCUUCCCUAUAAGAAUCCCCCCCAAAGAGAGAUUGAGAGCUUGAGAGCUUGGGAUUUUGAGAGAAAGGCAUAGCGAGAGAUAAAAGAGAGAUGAUGUCAAGCAGGGGGCACAAGAAAACCAAACUGCAUGAGAAGCUGCAGUUGCUGCGUUCAGUGACAAACUCUCAUGCACUAAGUUCAUCUUCAAUCAUAGUAGAUGCAUCAAAGUACAUAAAAGACCUGAAGCAAAAGGUGAAAAUACUUAACCAGGAGAUAGCAUGUAUCAGGAUGGUUGAAGAAAGUUCAUUACCAGUGGUCAAUGUUAAAACACUAGAGAAGGGCUUCUUGAUUAAUGUAUACUCUGAGAAGAGCUCACAAGGAUUGCUUGUUUCUGUGCUAGAGACCUUUGAGGAGUUGGGUCUCAAUGCAAUAGAAGCUAGGGUUUCUUGCACUGAUACAUUCCAUCUUGAGGCUGUUGGAGAAAAUCUGGUGGCGAACUUGGAUGCUCAGGUGGUGAAACAAGCAGUGCUGCAAGCUAUCAAAGAUUGUUCAGAAAGAAGCGAGCAAGAUUGAGCACACAACAGCCCAUUCCUUAAUUUCCUUUGUUUUUACUUUUCUCCUGUGGUGGGCUGUAAAGCUGUUUUAUUGAAUCAGAUAUCUUCGCAUAAUAUGUGAAUAAUAAGCAUCAAUUUGCAAGAAUGUGAAAA